AUGAUCGUGAAACAUGGACUGCGUAGACCGUACCAUGCAUUCGCAUCAGCAGCAGCUUCUGAAAUUCCUUCUUUGCCCUCCACCACCACCAACAAUUACCCGCGGUACCUGAACCUCCUAUCUUCAUGCAGAGACUUGAAGUCUCUGCUUCAAAUCCAUGCCCACCUGAUCGUCUCAGGUCUCCAACAAGACAAUUCCACACUGACCCAUCUCAUAAAUUCCUACUCUUUGUUUAAAAAAAGUGGUUUGGCGAGCUUGGUUUUCGAUUCUGCUCAAAACCCAAGUGUAAUCUUGUGGAACUCCAUGAUCAGAGCUUAUACAAGAGCAAACAAGUACAAAGAAGCUCGAAAAAUGUACCAUUCUAUGUUAGAACAAGGUGUAGAGCCAGACAAGUACACCUUCAACUUUGUUUUGAAAGCUUGUACUGCUGCUUUGGAUUUUGAAGAGGGUGUCUUGGUACACCGUGAAGUGGCUCGGAAGCAGCUUGACUCUGAUGUAUUUACAGGGACCAGUCUUAUUGACAUGUACUGUAAAAUGGGCGAGUUAACAUGUGCAACAGAGGUGUUUGAUAUAUUACCUAAGAAAGAUGUUGUGGUUUGCAAUGCUAUGAUUGCGGGUUUAUCACAAAGUGAAGAUCCUUAUGAGGCUCUGGAAUUUUUUCGGGGGAUACAAUUAUGGGGGCUGGAGCCGAACUUAGUGAGCUUGUUGAAUUUGGUUCCAGCAGUGUCCAGAUUAGCUGAUAUUGAUUCUUGUAUGUGUAUUCAUGGUUAUGCGUUUAGGAGGGGCUUUAAUUCAGUGUUUUCAAAUGGGUUGAUUGAUAUGUACUCCAAGUGUGGAGAUGUAGAUGCUGCUCGCCAGGUUUUUGACCUGAUGCAGGACCGGGAUGAUGUUUCGUGGGGGACAAUGAUGGCAGGGUAUGCAAGUAAUGGGUUGUUUGUUGAGGUUUUGGAGUUAUUUGAUUGGAUGAAAGGGGAUAACACUAAGAUGAAUAAGGUUACUAUCAUAAGUACUCUUUUGGCUGCUACUGAGAUGAGAGAUUCAGAGAAAGGGAAGGAGAUACAUUUUUGUGCUUCACAACAAGAACUUGAUUCUGAUGUUUCAGUUGCUACUUCUAUACUGACCAUGUAUGCAAAAUGUGGAGAAAUAGAGAAGGCAAAACAAAUUUUUGAAGGACUUAGGAAAAGAGAUUUAGUUUCUUGGUCUGCACUUAUAUCUGCAUGCGUCCAAUCUGGUUAUCCUGAAGUGGCAUUGUCUCUCUUUCGAGAUAAGCAAAAUGAAAUUCUCAAACCAAGUGGAAUAACGUUGAUAAGUGUCCUAUCCGCAUGUUCAGAAUUAUCAUAUCUGAAAUUAGGCAAGAGCAUACAUUGCUAUGCUAUUAAGGGCAAUAUUGCUUCUGAUAUUUCUUUAGGAACAGCCCUAGUAUCCAUGUAUGCCAAAUGUGGAUUCUUCACUUAUGCACUAAUUCUAUUCAAUAGAAUGCCAUGUAAAGAUGUUGUAACAUGGAAUGCUUUGAUAAAUGCAUAUACCCAGAUUGGUGACGCCUUCCAUGCGAUAGAUAUGUUUCAUGAACUAUGGUCGUCUGGAAUAAAGCCUGAUGCAGGAAGCCUGGUGGGUUUCAUGUCAGCUUGUAGCAUAUUAAAUGACCUAGAUCAAGGUACUUGUAUUCAUGGGCAAAUUAUAAAGCAUGGAUUUGAACAUGAUGUUCCGGUGAAAAAUGCUCUUAUUGGCAUGUAUUGCAAAUGUGGUAACAUAUCCUCAGCUGAACUUCUGUUUAACAGAACCAAAUUUAUGAAAGAUGUGGUAUCUUGGAAUGUAAUAAUUGCAGGAUACAUGCAAGGUGGAUAUGCCAGGGAAGCUAUAUGUUCUUUUCAUCAGAUGAAAUUAGAGAACUUUCAACCUAAUAUAGUCACAUUUGUUAGCAUACUUCCUGCAGUGGCAUAUCUGGCAGCCUUAAGAGAGGGCAUGGCUUUUCAUGCCUGCAUUAUCCAAACGGGGUUUCUAUCUAAUACACUUGUGGGAAAUAGUCUUAUUGAUAUGUAUAGUAAAUGUGGACAGCUCAAUUAUUCAGAGAAAUGCUUUAAUGAGAUAGAACACAAGGACAAAGUUUCGUGGAAUGCAAUGCUUGCAGCAUAUGCGGUGCAUGGGCAAGGAGUUGACGCUGUUUCACUUUUCUCAUUGAUGGAAGAGAGUUUGGUCCGAGUUGAUUCUGUGUCACUCAUCAGUGUUUUGUCUGCUUGCAGGCAUGCGGGUCUGGUAAAAGAAGGAAAGAAAAUUUUUCAGGCCAUGCAUGAAAAGCACCAUCUUGAACCAGAGUUGGAACAUUAUGCUUGCAUGGUAGAUCUUUUAAGUCGUGCUGGUUUAUUUGAUGAAACUUUAAAUUUGAUUAAUACAAUGCCAGUGGUGCCUGAUGCCGGAGUCUGGGGAGCCUUAUUAGGUGCAUGUAGGAUGUAUUCUAAUGUGAAGUUAGGAGAAGUUGCAUUGAGUCAUCUUGUUAAGCUUGAGCCUAGAAAUGCUGCUAAUUACAUAGUCCUAUCAGAUAUACACGCUCAUUCUGCUAGAUGGGGUGAUUCUGGCAAGACAAGAUCAAUGAUGAAUGGCUCAGGGGUGAAGAAAACUCCAGGAUGUAGUUGGUUAGAGGUCCAGAACAUGGUCCAUCCAUUUGAGGUAGGUGACUACAAUUACCAUGCCCCAACUUGA